AUGGCUCCUGUUGCCCGGCCAAUCCGUCUAAAUGAAUUCUGUACUUGCAGAGCCACAUCUGCGGAAACACAACACUGGAUCCAGCUAAGUGAUGGUCACGUCACUAAAACCUCUGGCUUAGGACCUAGUGACAGGAAUGUGCGGCCACGAAAAACUCAGUGCAAUCCGAAAGGUGAUGAAGAUGAGUACGACUCGAAGGUGGCGGAGUCAGUCAACCUGCAGAGGAAAACGAAAGAUCAAAAAGGGACCUUCAGGAAAAGGAAAAGGAAAAUCAAAUUACUAUGCAGGACAAUCUCGAGGAGCAGCAGAAGGAGACGAAAAAGAAGUACGACUCGAAGGAGGCGGAGGCAGCCAACCUGCAGAAGAAAACGGCUACUUAAAGAAGGACCUUCGGGAAAAAGGAAAAGAAUCAAAUUAAUGCAGGAUAAACUCGAGGAGAAGGAGGAGAUGAAGAAAAAGUACGACUCGAAGGAGGCGGAGGCAGCCAACCUGCAGAAGGAAAUCGGAAAGUUCAAGAAGGACCUUCAAGAAAAGGAGAAGGAAAACAGAAAGGUAACUGAUAUUAGGAAGCCAGAGACAACAUGGGAGAGGGAGCCAAGUACAAAUAUAGAAGACAGUCCUGUUUUAUUUUGCAGGAUAAAUUCGAGGAGAAGGAGAAGGAGAUGCAGAAAAAGGAUGAGUCGAAGGAGGCGGAGGCAGCCAACCUGCAGAAGGAAAUCGGAAAGAUCAAGAAGGAUCUUCAGGAAAAGAGAAGGAAAAACAAAUUAA